AUGCUUCUCGAUAUUGUUUCCGACGACAACGUCGACUUGUUUGAGGAGGACCCACUUGAGGAUGACGUUGAGGAUGAGAUCCUUAUUGUUGCUGGUGAUAUUCUAAUUCUUGCUGAUGCUCCUGCAGAGGAGACUCCCGUUCAUUCACCUGUUCUAGACUCCUUUGAGUUUGUGGCAUCUACACCUUCGCACACGCAGGGUGUGCAGCACCAUUCGCACGACACAAACCCUGACAUGGCGUCAUCCGCUGCACCUGCACCUGCCCCCAGUUUUGAGUUCGAUCAUGAUCCCUUGGAGGAUCCUGUAGCCCCUGUCGAUCCUGUGUUUGCUGAUCCAGCUGACUUUGACUUGGAGUUUGUUGAUCCAGAGCCUGUUGUGACCCCUGAGCCAGUUGUUGCUCCUGACCCCGCAUUUGAGCAUGACCUUGUUCAUGCCGAUGCACCUACUGUUCCUCCUUUCAUUGAUGAUAUACCUGUUGAUGAUCAUCAUGUUGUUGCUCCACCAUUAGUGGAUGAUCAUGCUGUUGAUGUUCAUGUUGAUGCUCCACCCGUUGCGGACCUACCUGUUGUCGCACCACAUCCUGAUCCUAUGCCAGUGAUGUUAAACCAUGCACCUUUUGCGACCUAUAUUGACCCACGAUACGCUCACACCCACAAUGGGUGGAUAGACGAUGAUGAUGAUUUCCCACCUUUCGUGGUACCUGUUACACCACCUGUAGCACCCGUUUCAGCCCCUGUUUCAGUUCCUAUUGAUGUUCCCUUGCUUCCCACACAUACUACAGAUGUUCACCGCACCGACUUACCUGUCACAUUUCUUCAGGACAUACCUCCACCACGUCCUGGAGAGGGUUCAUCACGACAGCCUUUUGGUCAUACACCUUUCAUGACAGGAGGAGAUCAGUUUGUGCCCCAGAUUUCUCAUCCUACUGUUGUUCCCACUGUUGCACCAUUUGCUGUACCAUCCUUCGCUCCAUCUAGUGAGCCAUUCCUCUGGACCACGCCCCCAUCAUGCCACCAUCCGAUCCGUAUCACCCAUAUCACAUGGGGUACUCUACAGAGGAUAUUCUCACAUCCUUCAUGA